AUGCAGAGACCACGCGACGCGGACCUGUUUGAAGACUUUUGCAAGGACAAACUGCCAGCCGAUGACAUCUACGUGCCGCCACAGCACCAGCCCAUCAAUCCAGAGGACGAGGAUGAUGUAGUACCUGACCAGCAUGCCGCGUUCGGUAUCCAAAAGGCCACACAGCGCACCAAGGAGCCUGCUUGGAAGGACCUCGGGCUUGGAGAGCUAAUGAGGAAGGGACCUCCCCCUAAGGGCAAAGCCACCGGCACAGGCUCUGGGAGCAAGUUGAACGGGAAACUACCCAGGUGA